UUGCCCUAUUCUAUUAAAAAAACUUUGUCAACAAUAUGUUACUUAAAACUUAUCUUGACUGUAAUGAAAAAAACCACUUACAUAAUUUUAAAUGUACUGACUUGCAUCGUCAAUAGUGUCCAUGACAAUCAGGUGUACUGUAAGUUCGUUUGUCAUUUCAAUUUUAUAAAAAAACACUGUCAGAAUAAGACAAUACUUUACAGAUAUGAUGAGAGAUUUAUUAUUUUGUACUUUCCCUCUCAAUACAACAGUAUACAAACAUUGUAG